GGGGAAGUUGACUCAAAGCAAGCAGUGUCCAAACGUUGGUUCCUUUCUUUUCUUUUAGUUUUCUCACUUUGUUUCGGAGAUCAACAACGAAAACAUCGCAGAUGGAAGAAAUGAAUCAAUCGCGUUAUGUGAAGCUGACUAAAGAUCAAGCCCCUCUGGAAGAUAUCACCCCUGGUGAACUCAAUCAGCCAAUUGAGGUUCCUCAGUUGGCUGUUCGUAAGUGUUCUGAAUGUAGACAGCCACUACCUGAAAGCUAUGCACCUCCUGCAGAUGAACCUUGGAUGACUGGGAUCUUUGGCUGUGCUGAAGAUAGGGAAAGUUGCUUGAGAGGACUGUUUUGUCCUUGUGUAUUAUUUGGGCGCAACGUAGAAAGCUUGAGGGAAGAUACUCCUUGGACUGGGCCAUGCAUUUGUCAUGCCAUUUUUGUUGAAGGUGGCAUUUCUCUGGCGAUAGCAACUGUAGCUGCAACUUCCAUCUUGCCUGGUAUUGACCCGGGGACGUCAUUUCUCAUUUGUGAGGGUUUAUUGUUUACAUGGUGGAUGUGUGGCAUUUACACCGGUCAAGUUCGGCAAUCCUUACAGAAGAAAUAUCACUUGAAGAAUUCACCUUGUAAUGCAUGUUGUGUGCACUGCUGCUUGCACUGGUGUGCCUUGUGUCAGGAGCAUAGGGAGAUGAAGGGACGUCUAUCAGAUAAUCUUUUCUCAGAAAUGACCGUAGUAAACCCUCCUCCCAUACAAGAGAUGAAGUCUACUCAUGACAAGGAAAAUCCUGAAACUUCUUCAGCUAACAACAAUGAGCAUACUGAUUUGGAGAUGCAGGCUAUAUAAGGCAUACCUACCAUUCUUAAUAUUGGAAAAAUUAAAAUUAAAAUUAAAAAGGAUAGCAUGCUUUUUUAAAUGAUUUGAUAGAGAAAUUUUUCCUUAUAUCUUUGGCUUGAGUUCUUCCUGUUGCAUUAGAAGACAUGUAGGUAACAUAUCACAUACACAGAGAGCCAAAUUAUACCGAAUCCUUUAAUUUUGACUUUGUUUUCCGGCAUAAGAAAUACC